AUGCAUGAAUAUUUAUCACUGACUUGUAUCAGGGGAGCGACUCGUGGAAUCGGUCGAGCCACGGCCAUCCACCUUGCGAAGCGAGGAGCUUCAAUCUUGGGGACCUGUUCUUCCGAGACUUCGAUGCACAAUAUCGAAAGUCUUUCUUCUGAGAUUACUGAGUAUUACCGGGGAACUGGCUGUGAUGCACCAAAGAUCGUUGGCGUUGCCGCCAAUGUCCUAUCUCUCGAGACGCCUGGCAUCGUCGCAGAAGCUGUGGAGAAGCACUUUAACUCUAAGAUACAUAUACUCGUGAACAAUGCGGCGUAUGAUGAGCUUCGAGAAAUGGGUAAGCUGGACGAUGAAUACGUACGAAAGGUCCUGAUGGGAAACACACACACUUUGGUGAUGCUCGUCGAAGCACUCUAUACACGGAGUAUGAUUCAGCCGGAUUCAAGGAUUAUCAAUAUGUCCAGCGUGUCAGGUCGAAAGAUACCGUUUCCCGCUAUGUACCUCGUUGGUGCAACGAAGGCCACUAUGGAAGCACUGACCCGGUCGUGGGCUGAUAUAUUCGGAAAAGAUCCUAAAACGCUAGGUACUACGGUUAACGCGCUCCUAAUUGGUGCGACAGCUACAGAGGCUUUGUUCAGAGAAGCUACGCCUGAGCUGAAGAAUAUGGGACUCUCUGCCGUCCAGUCUGGCUCAGCUGUUUGUGGCGGAAUGGGACUACCUGAGGAUAUUGCCAAUAUCGCGGGUUUGCUAGCCAGUGAGAAGGCACGAUGGAUUACAGGAAGCGUGGUCUGCGCCAAUGGUGGUAGUGUCCAUGUUAUGUAA